AUGCCUCACAAGAUUAGAGUGAUAGAGAAGAAUGAUAGAGAAAGUGGAGAUGAUGGGGACGACGACCGAGACGAUGAUGGACAAGAGAUGACAAAGACAUCAUCGACUCCGGAGAGGCUAAGAAAGAGGAGUAGAAACGAAUCUCCAGCAAAAGAUGAUGGAAAAGACGAUCAAGAGGAUGCUAGAGAUGUUGAGAAUAAGAAGAAAAUAAAGAGAUCCCAAGAAGAAGGUGAAGAUGACGUGAUGGAAAGGUUUGAGUAUGAGGUAGAGGAAGCUGUAGAGGACUGGUUCGAUGAGUUUCAGAUUCGUCGUAAUACCAUUCCUGAUAGCUCUGACGAAGAUGAAGAUCCGGUAAUUACUAGAGAUAGGAAGAUUAGGUUGGGAACAUAUGAUAAAUUGGCUAUUGGUAGAACUUUCUUCACUGGUUUUGAGUUCAAAGAGACUGUUUUGCAUUAUGCAUUGAAGAAUAGAGAAAAUCUUAGACAAGAUAGGUGGGAGAAGGAUAAAAUCAGUUUUAGGUGUGCUAUUAAGAAGGGUUGUGGUUGGUAUGUGUACUGUGCAUACGAAGAGUUGAAGCAAAUGUGGGUUUUGAAGACUAUAUGCACCGAUCACAGUUGUACUUCUAAUGGGAAAUGCAAGUUGCUUAAGAGUCCAGUUAUUGGAAGGUUAUUCAUGGACAAGCUGAGAUUGAAGCCUAAUUUUAUGCCUCUUAAAAUUCAACGGCAUAUUAAGGAGCAAUGGAAAAUAUGCAGCACUAUUGGACAAGUGCAAAGAGGAAGACUUCUAGCAUUGAAGUGGCUAAAAGAAGAAUAUGACAAGCAAUUUUCUCACAUCCGAGGUUAUGUUGCUGAAAUUAUAGACUCAAACAAGGGAUCAACUGCAUUUGUUGACACCAUUUCUAAUGCAGCUGGAGAAGAUGUGUUCGACCGAAUCUAUGUAUGUCUUGGAGCAAUGAAGAAUGCAUUUUACUAUUGUAGGCCAAUCAUUGGGAUUGAUGGAACCUUCUUGAAGCAUGCUGUUAAAGGUUGUCUAUUGACUGCUAUAGGUCAUGAUGCUAAUAAUCAGAUUUAUCCAGUUGCUUGGGCUUGUGUUCAAGCUGAAACUGCAGACAAUUGGCUUUGGUUUCUGAAUCAGCUUAGUGUUGACUUGAAUCUUAAAGAUGGCAGUGAUUAUGUUAUCUUAUCAGACCGUUGCAAGGGAAUCAUAAGUGCAGUUAAAAGUGCAUUACCAAAAACUGAGCAUAGACCGUGUGUCAAGCAUAUUGUGGAGAACUUGAAGAAGAAACAUGCAAAUAAAGACUAUUUGAAGAAGUUUGUGUGGAACUUAGCUUGGAGCUACAACCAUUCUGCCUAUGAAGUUACUUUGAAUGAGUUGAGAGCAUAUAGCAUGUCGUUGUAUGAAGAUGUGAUGAAGGAGGAACCAAAGACUUGGUGUAGACCUUUUUUCAAGAUCGGCAGUUGUUGUGAGGAUGUAGACAAUAAUGCAAAUGAGUCCUUUAAUGCCACAAUCGUCAAAGCAAGAGCAAAAGCAUUGGUUCCAAUGAUGGAAACAAUAAGAAGGCAAGCGAUGGCACGUAUAACUAAGAGAAAAAAGAAAAUACUAAAAUGGAAGAAGAAGAUAUCUGAGUAUGUAUCAGAUAUAUUGGAAAAAGAGGAGGAAGAAGCUAUGAAAUGUGAAGUCACAAAAGGAACACAUCAGAAGUUUGAAGUUUGGAUAGAUGGGAAUUCACAAGGUGUGUGUUUGAGUACUGGGAAAUGGGAAUGCUCAUGCUGCAAAUGGCAAGUCACAGGGAUUCCAUGUGAGCAUGCCUAUGCAGCAAUCAUAGAUGUUGGUAAAAAUGUUGAAGAUUUUGUUGCUCCAUGCUUUAGCUCUCUAGUAUGGUUGGAACAAUAUGAGACAGUGAAAGCACCUCCAGAACCAAUUCCACCUGGUAGAAAGAAAGGACAGAAGAAGAAAUAUGAUCAGAUCAAGGGUAAGCUGGAGUCUCCAAAGAAGAAGAAGAAGAAAGGGGAACCAGAAAUACUCAAACUAGGAAGGAAAGGAAGGAUAAUGCAUUGUAAGUCAUGUGGUGAAGCAGGACAUAAUGCAGCUGGAUGUGCAAAAUUUCCAAAGGAGAAGAAGAGUAAGAAGAGUAAGAAGCAGGACACAAUGCAACUGGCUGAGGCAUGUUUCUAA